AUGAUAGCCAUCGAAUCAAUACAGAAUAUUCGCACCGUGGUGCAGCUCAGCCGACAAAAUCUCUUCGUCGACCGAUAUACAGCUCUUGUUGGCAAUACCAAGAAGGCCACACUCAAACACAUGCACGUGCACGGAGUAUUACACGGCGUCGAAAUGUCGCUCAUGUUCUUUGUUAUGCCAGUGGUAGUUUUUUGUGCUGCCAAGCUUGUGUCUAACCACCAACUCGACAUCGACACGCUGUUGAUGGCUGCCGCCUAUGUCUCCUUUCUCAGUCGCUUCUUGUCCGCAGUGAAUCUCACACUACCGAAGUUAGGUCAAUCCUACGCUGUCGCCCAUCAUUUCACACGACUUAUGUACCGGAAGCCACUUAUCUCAAUGAACGAUACAACAGAGAAUCAACAGCAUCCACAAUUUGAUCCAGUCGAGUUCAAUAGUGUAUGUUUUGCUUAUCCCACGCGACCCAAGAUCAUGGUCCUUAACAAAUUAAACUUGACUCUGAGAACUGGCCAAUCAAUUGCAAUUGUGGGUACCAGUGGAUGUGGCAAAUCAACUGUUUUAUCACUCAUCGAACGAUUCUACGAUGUCACCGACGGACAACUGCAAAUAGGUGGGAAGGAUAUUCGUGACGUGAAUUUGCGACAUUUUCGCUCUCUCAUCGGCUACAUUGGACAAGAGCCAGUAUUGUUCAAUAUGUCGAUUCGUGACAAUAUCGGCUACGGGUGUGAUUUAAACUCCAUCACCAUGAGUGAUAUCAUUGAUGCAGCGAUCAUUGCCAACAUUCACUCGUUCGUUCAAACAUUGCCACAAGGUUAUGACACGCUGGUAGGCCUUCAUGGAUCGCAGAUUUCUGGUGGCGAGCGACAGCGAUUAGCCAUCGCGCGAGCAAUUGUAUGCAAACCGCAACUCUUACUCAUGGAUGAGCCUACAAGUGCACUCGAUGAUGAAAAUGAGCAAAUCAUUCAAGACGCGCUACAACAUGCAGCUGAAAACCGCACAUCGAUCACUGUUGCUCAUCGGAAAUAUGCAACAUUUUAUACUUCAGAAUAA